AUGAGUAAGCUCACGGCAAAGAUCCGACCAUUUGCUUAUGACACACGGACUCCCCAGGAACUAUGGGAACUCAAUGUGGCGGAUCGGAAAUUCCUACAACCUGGGGCCAUUGACAUAAUCAUCGGAGCUGAUUCCUACGGGAAAAUUAUCACGCACGGAAUUAUGAGAUACAACGGAACGGGUCUCAUAGCCCAGCAGACAUCCUUUGGCUGGGUAGUAUCGGGGCCAGUCUGCUGUACAGGCUGUGCUAAGAAGAGGUCACUAAGGGUGACCACACGGACCAUCAAUCAACAACUAUUGGACUGCUUAAAGAAGUUCUGGACGCAGGAAGAAAUACCGGAUACUGUAUCACCGGUAAAGAGCAAGGCUGACGCAGAAUGCGAGCAGCAUUUUUUAGAAACUCAUAGAAGAGACGCAACGGGACGGUAUACAGUACGUCUACCGUGUAAAUCAUCGUCUGCCGUCCUAGGGGAUACAGCAUCGACGGCUUGGAUUCGCUUACAGAAGCUCAACAGGCGAUUGGCGGCAGAUCCAGAGGCUCACACUCUAUACCGGAAAUUCAUUGAGGAGUAUGAGGCCUUGGAUCACAUGCAACGGGCACCAUCGACGUCACAGACACGUCAGGCAUACUACUUGCCUCAUCACGGAGUGCUGAGACCAGAUAGCACGACGACCACAUUAAGAGUCCUAUUCGACGCUUCACAUCGAAGCUCUACGGGAGUGUCACUGAAUGAUAUUCUUCAUUCAGGACCGAAACUACAAACGGAAUGCUCCGACGUCCUCAUCUGGCUUCGUCGGCAUCGGUUGGUCUUCGGAGCGGACAUAGAGAAAAUGUUGCGCCAGAUUCGCGUCCAUCACAAUGAUUGGGACUAUCAACGAAUCUUUUGGAAGGACGACGACGGCCAGAUCAUUGAAUAUCAAUUAACAACGGUCACCUACGGGACCAGCUGUGCACCUUGGCUGUCUCUUCGAGUGCUGAAGCAGCUGGCAAUCGAUGAAGGUCAUCGAUUUCCUUUGGCUUUAUCAACGUUCGCACGGGGGCGAUACGUUGACGAUAUCUACGGAGGUGCAGAAACCGAACGGCAUUUAGAGAAAAUAAUUAAGGAUCUAUUCGGACUCUGCAUGACGAGCGGCAUGCCACUGCAGAAAUGGUGCAGCAACGCGCCACGGACACUCGGACGACUCGGAAUAUCAGCGGAAUCAGCUCCAACCAUCGAAUUCGGGGAAUCAUCAGUGAAAGCAAGGAACUUCAGCGGAGACACCAUCACCAAACGCGUAAUCCUGUCCGAGAUUGCGCAAAUUUACGAUCCUUUCGGACUUAUAGCACCGGUCAUCAUCACGGCAAAAAUAUUCAUACAAGAAUUAUGGCUGCUCAAAAUCGACUGGGACGAGCAAAUACCAAUGACACAUGCAAAACGGUGGAGAAGUUUCAGGGAGGAACUUCAACGGCUGAGCAGCCUUUCAAUACCACGAUGGCUACAUCUUUCAUCGGGAAAGGAAAUACAACUACACGGAUUUGCAGCCGCAUCGACCCUAGCAAUGGGUGCAUCGGGUUAUCUUCGCUCCUGGCCAGCAUCAUCGGGAGCCAACGUCAAGUUGGUCUGUGCCAAAACCAAGGUGGCUCCCCUCAAGAAGAUGACCAUUCCACGGCUGGAGCUCACGGCAGCUGUCAUGGUCACAAAUCUAAUGGCCUAUGUACAGCGAGCUCUGGAACUUGAGGAUGCGGAGCUCUACUUAUGGAGCGACUCAUCAGUAGCCAUCGCAUGGAUCAACGGAGAUCCAUCACGGUGGAAGGACUUUGUGCAGAACAGGGUUCUCAAGAUCCAAGAUACCCUGCCCUCUGCCAAGUGGAAUCACAUCAACGGGAAGGAGAAUCCAGCGGACUGCGCAUCGAGAGGAAUAUCACCAACGGAAUUGGGGGAGCAUCAUCUCUGGUGGACUGGCCCAUCAUGGCUUGUCCAACCACCAGAACAAUGGGUAGCAGCAUCAUCGGAAUUAGCAUCCACAUCGGAAUUAUCAUCAGUGGUGGCAACGGAGGCGAAACCACCCACCACCAGCUCAUAUCCAGUGCACAUUGUCGACGAAGAUGCACCGAUCAACCGGAUUUCGUCAUGGAACAAGGUAGCUCGAAUCACAGCCUGGGUGAAUCGAACAGUAAACAAAUUUGAGGGACAACCAAUACCGGAUUCUCCACAACUCGGAACAACGGAAAUAGAGGACGGAAGACUGUUCUGGGUUAAGUACACCCAACAGCGAUAUUUCGAACGGGAAAUCAACACACUGAAGACUGCAAGAUCACUCGCAGCCAAGCAUCGUAUGGCGACGCUGAGGCCAUACCUGGAAAACGACGUCAUCCGCAUGGGCGGAUGUCUACGGAAUUCAACAUUGGAUCCGGAGGAGAAGAAUCCAAUUAUUCUCCCACGUCACUCACCGCUAUCAACACUUAUCAUUGCGGAAGCUCAUCAGAGGAGCUUCCACGGGGGAACGCAACUCACGUUGGCACACAUCCGGCAAAGGUACUGGAUCAUCGGAGGACGGGCACCAGUACGCUCACACAUAUUAAAAUGCGUCAUCUGCGCAUGUCAUCGAGCUGUGCGAGCUCAACAGCUGAUGGGACAGCUGCCAUCGCGACGAGUGACACCAUCAAGAGUCUUCCUUCACCCAGGAGUAGACUUCACCGGCCCAAUCAACAUCCUGAGGUGGAGAUGCUCAGGGGCAGGCAAAACAAUGUAUAAGGCGUACAUUUGCCUAUUUGUCUGCUUCGCCACAUCCGCAACACACUUGGAACUGGUAACAGAUCUCACGGCGGAAGGAUUCAUCGCAGCAUACAAGCGAUUUACGUCAAGACGGGGAAUUUGCGCGACCCUGACCAGUGACAAGGGACUAAACUUCAUCGGGGCUGAAAAACAAUUACGGCAGAUUAUCCACCAGGCAUCCAGCGAAUCAGCAACCAUCAAGAACUGGCUAGCAACAAACGCAACGGAAUGGAGAUUUAACCCGCCCUACUCGCCACACAUGGGAGGCAAAUGGGAGGCCGCGGUUAAAUCCACGAAACACCACUUACGGAGAGUGAUAGGAAAUUCAACUCUGACGUACGAGGAAUUUACGACUCUUCUGACUCAGGUUGAAGCCAUCCUGAACUCGAGACCGCUCUGCCCGAUAAACAACGACCGGCAAGACACAACGGCAUUGACACCAGGGCACUUCAUCAUCGGCGGAUCGCUGACAGCGAUUCCAGAACCAACUCUGGAACACAUCAACACGGAUCCGCUAAACAAGUGGCAACUUAUCACGCAGAAGGUGCAGAACUUCUGGGACCAUUGGGCACGCGAGUGCGUGCAUCGCUACCAACAAAUCUAUCGGUGGAGAAAACCAACGGACGACAUCAAAAUUGUUUCGUUGGUUCGCAUAUCAAACGAGCAGGAACCGCCAACCAGAUGGCUCCUGGCUCGAGUCAUCAGGAUCCACCCAGGACAGGACAACUUGACCAGGGUUGUCACACUUUGGAAAGGCAACAAGGAAAUGCAGCGGGCAAUCCAUCGAUUGCCUACAUCGUCACCCAGGGGGGUGACGCAGGGCGGGUGGUAUGUUCAGAAUCCCGCGGUCAAACGUCAGGAUGACCAACCGGAUGACCUCGGCCAAUCACCUUUGACCAUCGUAACGAGAGGUCACGAUCGAUCUCGGGAUCGUUACGAUGGUCAGUACGCCAUCAGCUAG